CAGGAGCCAGGUGAGACAGCUUUCCAUAUGAAAGUCAGCAUUUUUCAGAAUAGAGGAGUAACAGUUUAAUAUAGUAAUGGCUAAUUAGCCAAGUAAGCGGUCAUUACCCUCAGGCAUAAGGAUGACUUGCCAUUAGUGAGCUGAUGGGGCAUCUUGUGACUUUUUUUUUUCCCCUUUGCACAACAGAAGAGGAAGGGAGUACUGGUGAAUGACAGUGACAAAGCAGUGGAGCCUGUGCUGUUUUUCCACAGUUCCUAGCUUUGACAGUUAUGAACUGGACAAGAAGACAGCUGUAAAUAAAGCCAAGAGAACUUGGGAGUACACCCUGAAGGAAAGUAAUUACCACAGCUCUCUUUGGUCCGUGGAAAUUCAGUGAGCCGUGGUUUUGUGGACUCUGUUCUUUAGACAGCUAACACACACACGCACAGACACCACUGAAUGGACUGCAGCAGUAUGGACGCUGGUUUCUCUUCUUUGCGCUCGGAGGCAGCAGGAGCCAUGAGGACAGUGUUGGUGUCUGCUGAGAACUUACAGCUUACUCUGAAGCCUGAGCUCAGUCAGGAAGAACAGUCACUCACACACACCAACAGUAGCCCUAAGGACUCACACAAAGCCGGGUACUGUAAUAAGACAACACAGGAAUGAAGACCUUAAAGAGAUGUUGGAGAGCAACAAGGAGUCGCUCAAACUGGAGGCCAUGAAGAGAAUUGUCGGGCUCAUUGCCAAGGGCAAAAGUGCCUCUGAGUUGUUUCCUGCUGUGGUGAAGAAUGUUGCGAGUAAAAAUAUUGAGCUCAAGAAGCUUGUGUACGUGUACCUGGUGAGGUAUGCAGAGGAGCAGCAGGACUUGGCAUUGCUGUCUAUUAGCACAUUCCAGCGGGCCCUUAAGGACCCAAACCAGUUCAUCCGGGCUAGUGCUCUGAGGGUUUUGUCCAGUAUCCGUGUCCCCAUUAUUGUCCCCAUUAUGAUGCUGGCCAUCAAGGAGGCUGCAGCUGACCUGUCCCCAUAUGUGAGGAAGACUUCAGCACAUGCGAUCCAAAAGCUGUACAGCCUGGACCCAGAUCAGAAGGAGCAGCUGAUCGAAGUGAUCGAGAAACUAUUGAAAGACAAAAGCACGCUGGUGGCUGGGAGUGUGGUCAUGGCCUUUGAGGAGGUGUGCCCAGAUCGCAUCGAUCUGAUCCACAAGAACUACAGAAAACUGUGUAAUCUGCUGGUGGAUGUGGAGGAGUGGGGCCAGGUGGUCAUCAUCUCUAUGCUGACCCGCUAUGCCAGGACACAGUUCACCAGUCCCUGGACGGAGGGUGCUGAGUUUGAUGAGAAUAAAGCCUUCUAUGACUCUGACUCUGAGGAGAAAAAAGACCAGACGGAAGCAAAGCCUUACGUCAUGGAUCCAGAUCACAGGCUGCUGCUCAGGAACACCAAACCUCUACUGCAGAGCAGGAACACCGCUGUAGUGAUGGCUGUUGCUCAGCUUUACUGGCAUCUGGCUCCUAAACAUGAAGUCAGUAUUGUCACCAAGUCACUGGUUCGACUCCUGAGAAGCCACAGAGAAGUGCAGUACAUUGUGCUUCAGAACAUCGCCACGAUGUCUAUACAGAGAAAGGGGAUGUUUGAGCCCUUCAUUAAGAGUUUCUAUGUGAGAUCGACAGAUGCCACGCAUAUCAAAACACUAAAGUUGGAGAUCCUGACCAAUCUAGCUAAUGAAGCUAACAUCUCCACAAUUCUGAGAGAAUUCCAGACCUACGUGAAGAGUCAGGACAAGGCGUUCGCAGCAGCUACCAUCCAGGCCAUCGGCAGGUGCGCCACCAACAUCUCUGAGGUGACGGACACAUGCCUCAACGGUCUGGUGCUGCUGCUUUCUAAUAGAGACGAGACCGUGGUGGCCGAGAGCAUCGUGGUCAUCAAGAAGCUGCUUCAGACUCAACCCACUCAGCACGGUGACAUCAUCAAACACAUGGCCAAGCUCUUCGAUAACGUCACUGUUCCCAUGGCCCGAGCCAGCAUCCUGUGGCUGAUAGGAGAAUACUGCGAGAAGGUGCCAAAGAUUGCGCCCGAUGUACUGCGCAAGAUGGCAAAAACAUUCACAGCAGAGGAGGACAUCGUCAAGCUGCAGACUGUCAAUCUAGCUGCAAAGCUCUACCUGACCAACUCUAAGCAGACCAAGCUGCUGACCCAGUACAUCCUGAACCUUGGCAAAUACGACCAGAACUACGACAUCAGAGACCGAACACGAUUCAUACGGCAGCUGAUAGUGCCCAACGAGAAGAGCGGUGCGCUCAGCAAGUACGCUCGACGCAUCUUACUGGCCCCCAAACCGGCUCCAGUGCUCGAGUCUGCCUUCAAAGAUCGAGACCGUUACCAGCUGGGCACUCUCUCCCACAGUCUUAACAUUAAAGCCACUGGGUACCAGGAGCUCCCAGACUGGCCUGCUGUUGCUCCUGACCAGUCUGUGAGAAACGUGGAGAUUGUUGAACCACUGAGAGAGUGGGCACCAAUAGUUGGGAAGACCAAACAGCCUAAAUCUGAUGACAAGUUCUACUCAGACGAUGAAGACGAGAAAGAGGAGGAAGGAUCCGACAGCAGCGGCAGUGGAAGUGAAGACAGCAGUAGCAGCAGCAGCAGCGAAGAAUCGGGCAGUGAGAGCGAGGAGGAAAGCAGUGAGGAUUCAGAGAAGACCUCCAGUGAUUCUGGAAGAAGCUCCAGUGGAUCUGAAAAGAGCUCCAGUGAGUCUGAAUCGGAUCAAAAAAAGAAGAAAAAGACCAAGAAAGUGCCGCAGAAGAAAAGCAAGCCUGCUGGUGACAGUGACUCUGAUGAAAAUGGCAAUGGACCUGUAGGCCAAGCUAGCAGCUCAUCCUCUGAAAGCUCCUCAGACUCAGAGUCGGACUCUGAGUCGGACUCUGAAUCAGACUCGCCCGCACCCAAGAAGAAGACUGAAGUAAAGGCCAAGCCCAAGGUGGCAGUGAACUCCAAGAAGGAAGUCUCUUUACUGGAUCUAGAUGACUUUUCUCCUGCACCCACCAACGCACCAAAGCCUUCUGUGCUCUCUCAAAGUCUGCUGUCCGACCUCGAAGGCCUCUCUCUCUCCAACAUCUCCUCCACUGUGCAGGUUACCACUUCAUCUUUUGGCCCUUUGAAAACCUAUGAGCUGCUUCACCAUAUGACAGGAAAAGGUCUGUCGGCCAAGUACCAUUUCCCCAGGCAGCCAUGUUUGUACCAGCCCAGUAUGGUUGCAGUACAGGUCAUACUGACCAACAGCUCAGACCACGCCCUGGAGGAGAUCCAUAUAGGAGACCGGAGCCCUGCAAGCCUGAACAUCCACUGCUUUAACACCAUUGAGCGGUUGGAGCCAGGGGCCUCGGUGACGGUAUCCAUGGGUAUUGACUUCAGCGACUCGACACAAGCAUCCAACUUCCAGUUGUGCACCAAGGAGGACCAGUUCAGUGUGUCCAUCCAGCCUGCUGUAGGAGAGUUGUUAAUGGCCAACACCAUGACGGAACAAGACUUCUGCAAGGAGCAAGGUAAGCUCCAGGGCAUGAAUGAAACAUCUGCAACCAUCACCAUGGCAACAGCUAAUGCAUCCAGGCAAGCCAUCAACAAGCAGGUCCUGUCUGUAGCCAACGUAGGAGAAGUGCCUUCCAGUCAAAACAACUUCAGCAGGUUUGCUGGGCGGACAGUCAGCAGCAGAGCUCUGGUCUUGGUGUCUCUAGAACUGAGUGAGUCCUCGGGAGCGCUGCUUACCAUCAACACAGAAAAGAGCGUCAUGGCCUCCAUGCUGCUCCGAGACCUCAAACAAGCCCUCGCCCAGGCGUAGGAUCCUCCCCUCUUUUCAUCUCGCUGUAAUAAAAAAUAAACGGGGGCGACACUUAAUUGAAGAUUUCACCAAAAUGCAGAAGAACCAUAGCGCGAAGUGUUCACAAAGAAUGAAGUGUAAACAACUGAAAAAUGCUAUUCAGUGUUUAUUUCUGUGGCCUAUGUGUUUGGAAACAGAAUAUCUUCAAACACGGGAAUAAUUGAAAUCUUAAAUCUUUAGAAGCCUCACGGAAGUUAGAAUAAAUUAGAAUUAAACUGAACUUGCUGUCGUUGUGUUUAAGUAUUUCCAGACACAACUCCAUGGUAAAAAUAUCCGACUAACUGGCCAUUUUCCUCGGCAGUAAUUACUUAAAUCUCAUGCUGUUUAUGGUUUGAUGAAGCAUGAUAAUGUACCAACAUCUGUACAUACAUUUGGGGGUAAGAACUGCAUCACCGCUCCACUCACAGUGCCAACAUGUCUGUGCCUCUGCGAUGUUUCAUUCAACUUCUUUGCUGCCAAUAACAGGAGAGAGGGGGGGGAUGCUCUGUGGCAUUUUGACCCACAAACACAAUGUCAAAUCAUAAAACUGUAUGAAUACUGUGACACCAAACACUGAUUCAGUUUUACAUUCUAGCCUUGAAACGUUACCAAAUCACAUUUGUUAAAGUGCCUGACAUUAUCAAGAAAACCAAACAUCAGACUCGGAUCACCAAGAGUGUUUUUUAUCUGUACUGCUACAUCUCAACAAUAAAAAU